AUGGCACCACCUUAUUCUGCAGCGCGCGUCGAGCGCGAAAAAAAGCUCAAGUCUGUCCUCACCUUCGCAUCGAACCUCGCGGGCCGCUUCAGCCCGUCUCACGACGCGACGCUUCUUGAUGAUCUGCACACACAACUCCGUGGAUUACCUUUGCAAGCUUCUUCUACUGUCGCUGCGAAGCAGGAUGAGCUUGACAGACUAGGGACCGAGCUGUGGAAUCUUUCGACGCGCUUGCGACGCACUGAAGUGCAACCGAAUGGCAAGACGAAAGAGGAAGUCUCCGGGCAGAACCGCUCUCUCUGCCUUUUACGAGUCUUCUCAUUUCUCCUCCUCGACUCAGCGAGCGGCCAGGCUUCGAAAGGACGAGAGCGCAAAAACUCCAUUCGCCUCCUAAAGGUUGCGCUCAAAGCGGCGAAGGUAUGCAUUGAUAACAGUGAGCUAAGCGGUGCUACGAAGACACUCGAGCGGGCUGCCGAUUACCAGGAAGCCUUAAGUAAGGAGUCAGAUGAGGAGAGCGUCGAAGAAUACGAGCUCGGGGAUAGCUUGCGCCUAGAGUAUUUCGCGGUCCGGACAGCUCUGGCAUGGCGGCAAGACCGCAUGGACACCGCGGAACAUAUGUUCACGAAAUGCAAACAAUUGAUGCGCGCCCUUACUCCUUCGAGCGCCGAAAUCCUCGCCGAUCUGCUAUACGAAAUGGGAAGAGGCUUGCUGGUGAAGAGGGACUAUGAGCUCGCUAUUCGAUGGCUGGAACGCGCAUACGACGUGCUCUCAGAACAGGAUGCUGAGGCGCUCAGUCCGGAAACUGGAGAGUUACGACUCAGCAUCAUGCAAAGUAUCGUGCAGGCAUACAUGAAACUGAAGACUCCCGAGGCACGGAACAAGGCAUGGAACAUGAUGCAGCUUCUUGAAGCCGACUACGAGGAGAAGAUGGCUGUUUCUUUGCUUAAGCUCGAGCUUCUCUCCUACGCGGAUGCCAUCGACAGCGACCAGUUCUACACAGUCUUGCAUCGAAUGAUCCGAUCAGUGGUGCUGAACGAUAGAAAUUUCAAAACAAUCAUGCAUCACAUACACAAACUCAAAGAUCACAGUAAUCUCACUGCUUGCAAGCUCAUCGACGAGUUGAUCGAAGUUCGAUUAUUUGGAGAGGAGAAAGACGCAUGGAUUGAGAAGGCAGUUAUCACGCGAAUCUGGAUUUGCUGUACAAGCUUUGUCGCGGAGGACGCGCUUGAGCAUCUGCGAGAGCUUCUCGAGACUGUUGCGCGAAACACGCAGUUUCCGCUAUCUCCGCACGCAACGCAUGCUGCCCAAACUCUGUUAUGGAAGCAAGUCGAAGCUACUUACAGUCAGGAGCAGUACAUCGCCGCCGAAGCAUGGUGUCGGAUAUGCCUGCUCCCCUUGUUUGAGAAGGCUGGGGAUGUGAACAAAUCCAAGAUUGCAAGAAAAAUGAUCUUGUGUGCUCUAGCACGACAUGAUUUUGCAGCGGCAAGAGAGGUCUUCUCUAAGAUGUCCGAUACCGGCCGGGACGACCGCGUAACACGAUAUUUGAUGUAUAGAGUAGGUCUUCGCAGCGGUGAAUCGGACUUUAUGGCGGAGUGUUUAGACCUCGUAUGUCGGCAGUCAUCGAAAGAUGCUACUCUGCUUUACGCCUGCGUAUUUGAAGCUCAGGUGUCGGGGAACAGGCGACAGGCUAUAGCGGCUCUUGGAAAGGUACUCGACAAGUACAAUCACAGUGCGCCUGCAGAGAUACAUCUUCCAGCCCUUUUACGAACGAUGGCAAGAUCGCUCAAGUCCGAGCUCAUCAAGGAUGGGGUUCUGAAUUCAGACAUAAUGGCGCAAUUGUGUACCCUUUUCGAAGGAGCAUGCAAUCAAGCAAAGGCUUCUCGAAGAAGACCAAGCACUCCUGCUCGCGACCAGUUCACCGCCGGAGAAUUCGAGUGGUUUUCAAAAAAUGCGUACAAUAUAUCGAUCCAAUAUUGUGCAGAGAUGCAACCUGGGAAUUUAGUAAGGCUGCUGAAUGUUUGUAUUGAAUUCAUCAAGCUCCUCAAAGAGCAGGGCCAAUCCGACCGUAGCGACAACCUUUCGCUUCGCAUGUUAUUCUGCGAUUUCCUCGCUGCGUGUGCUUCCGUCACAUUGGCUCGGGCAGAGGACAAUAUCCAGGACUGCCUCCAAUACUAUCUGCAAGCUCGGAAGCACAGCCAGGCAUUCCGGAAUACUGCCGCCGACACCGUUGACAAACUCGGAGAGUCUGCGCAAGCCGACAUAAUAGCGAAACAUUUCCAGGUCGUGAAGCUGGAGCUGGAAGCUGCUCUGAAACUCGAGAAAUGGGAUGACCUGGAUGACCUCUUUGAUCAGUGCUGGAAAUACAAGGAUCCAGAUCAUUACGAGACGCUUGCGGACCUGGUGCUAGUCAUUCAAUCGUGUAUCAUGAAAGCGAAUUUGGACGGGAAGUAUCAGAGCAAGAUGUUAUCAGUUCUACAAAAGAUCGUCAAUAUGACGUGGCGGCAAACGGGCAACGACAUCGUGAAAUUGUCGCGUUGGCUACGCUGCCUGUUCCAGCUCGCUCUCACGUACGACGAAAACAUCAGCCUGAAGUGCGUCGACCAAGCGGCCCAGAUCGCCGCUGCAAGACAAGGAGAGCCGAAUCACUAUCCAUCGACCGAGCUCGAAUGGCUUGCCACAACGACUUUCAAUCACGCGGUGGACUACUAUAUUCAGGAAAAUGACACCAAGUGCAAGGUUUGGGGGGAAAAGGCGCUGAACCUGGCACAGUGGGCGGAGGAUGGCGGGGAGCUGAGUAGUCUGCUCCUAGAGAAGUAUUCGGGGUUGACAUGGCAGGAUGAUGAGUGAGCGAACUAUGUCCAAAGGACGGUCCAUGUGGUCUUCACACGUGAGUGUUAGUGGCAUAGGGCUGUAUUGGUCGUCAAUGCUAGUAAAGGUAUGGAGGAAAUUCCAUGGCUGGAGCGCGGGUUUUCAUUCACAUCAGAUGGAAGCUAUUUGCAGUGGGG